AUGGCACCUUCAUCGAUUGCUGACCUCGUGGCUGCCCUCCCCGCGGAGGACACCUGGGGCCCCGCCACCAGCACCGACAACAUGCUGGAGGGCGCUCCGUACGCGCCUUUCUCCAAGGGCGAUAAGCUGGGCCGCAUGGCCGACUGGACCGCUGAGUCGAAGGACCGCGAGCGUGGUGGUCGCCCGCAAUACAACCGGAACUUCAGAGACCAGCAGGUGUACGGCGCCGGUGGAGCAUCGAGCCUGUUCAACAUCCAGGCCACCGAAGACGAGUCCUCGUUCUCCGUUGUCGACAACACCCGCGCAACCGCCAAGCGCGGUUUCGGUGGUGGCCGCGGUACGGUCUUCCGUGGCCGUGGUCAGCGUGGUGGUAUGGGUCAGCGUGGUGGUCGGGGUGGUUUCCAGCGUGCUGUUGGAGGAGGCCGUGGCCAGGGUGGUGACCGGUACUACGACAACCGCGGCGGGCGCGGCGGCCGUGGUGGCCGUCGAUUCGGAUGGAGGGACUACGACAAGCCGCAGCGGACGCGCGAGCCUUCGGUUAACGUGCGGCCUGAGUGGUCGCUGCUGGAAGAGGUGGACUUUAACCGUUUGUCGAAGCUGAACCUUGAGACGCCUGAUGGUGAGGACCUCGACACGUACGGUUUCCUUUACUACUACGACCGAUCGUACGACAAGGUGCCUGUUAAGAAUAUGGAACGUCGGUUGGCGUCUAUGGACCGCGCUGCCUACAACGUCACCACCUCGCAGGACCCCGUUAUCCAGGAGCUGGCAGAGAAGAACGAGGCCACCGUGUUCGCCUCGUCGGACAUCCUGUCCAUGCUCAUGUGCGCUCCCCGUAGUGUCUACUCGUGGGACAUUGUGAUCGUGCACCAGGGCAACAAGAUCUACUUCGACAAGCGCGACGGCGCCUCCAUUGACCUCGUCACCGUCAAUGAAAACGCCAUCGACGCACCCAUGGAAGUCACCGACAACGCCGGCAGCAAGUCCGCCGACUCGAUCAACACCCCCAGCGCCCUCGCCCUGGAAGCCACCGUCAUCAACCACAACUUCGCCCUGCAAACCAUGUCCGAGUCGCAAGAGCACCGCAUCGAGUUCUCCAACCCCAACCACUUCUACAACGCCUCCGAGGAGACCGAACCCCUCGCCUCCAAGGGCUACAAGUACCGCCGCUUCGACCUCUCCCUCGAGCGCGACGAGGAGCCCCUCAACAUGAUCGUCCGUACCGAGGUCGACGCCGCCCUGCGCAACCCCGUCACCGGCGAAGACCAACAAGUCCUCGUCAAGGCCCUCAACGAAUUCGACAACAAGGCCCAAGGCUCCGGCGGCGGUCUCGACUGGCGCAACAAGCUCUGGUCGCAGCGCGGCGCCGUCAUCGCCACCGAAAUGAAGAACAACUCCUCCAAGCUCGCCCGCUGGACCACCCAGGCUAUCCUCGCCAAGGCCGACGCCAUGAAGCUUGGUUUCGUGUCGCGCGCCAACCCCCGCUCCAACACCAGUCACGUCGUUCUCGGCGUCGUCGGCUACAAGCCCCGCGAGUUCGCUACCCAGAUGAACCUGAACCUGGGUAACGGAUGGGGUAUUGUGCGGACCAUUGUCGACCGCAUCCGUGCGCUUGACGCCGGUGAGGACGCGGAGACUCCAAAGAAGUACCUGUUGAUCAAGGACCCGAACAAGCCUGUCUUGCGGUUGUACAGUGUGCCGGUCAACACGUUCGAGGAGGAGGAAGAGGUUGAGGAGCAGGAGGUUGCUGAGGAGGAAGCUUAA